GGCACCAUAUUGAACCGAUGUUUUGAUCCAAACUGCUGCCCUUCUCCUAUAGUUUACCAGAAGCUCUUUGGUUUACUUUGAGUGCGAUAUUUUGCCACGACUCGAAGAAAAAAUUACCUGAGUUUGCAUUCGCACGGUAGCAAUGAAGCUAACGGACAUCAAAAAGCUAAAAGUGGCCGAACUGCGGUCCAGACUUGAAGAACUCGGCUUGGACAACAAGGGACUGAAAGCUGAGCUGUUAGGCAGGCUGUGGUCCGCUUUAGAGGCAAGACAAAGUGUGAAGGACGGUGAUGAGAUACAACUACAAAAUGACCGCUCACAGACACCUUCAACACCGGUGGAGAACGUGGACCACUGCACUCAGUCCUCAUCACCCCCGAGAAGCGCUGAUGUUCCGGGGCGAUGCCACGUUAAACCGGACUGCAUCCGAGAGUACACAGACACCGCCACGCAGACAGAGACCGACACCGGUACCGGUCUGCCAUCCCUGCAGCAAGGCUCCGAGUGUGUUUCGGAUUGUGUGCCAGCGCACCAAGCCGAGGAGAGAGAAGUUGAAAUGCAGCACGGAGCUGCCGAGGAUCCUGGAGAGGACAGGAGAACUCUUUCAUCAGAAGAGAUGGGCAGAGGAAGAGCUUUCUACGAGUUCAAAGAGGAGAUACGUUACAAAAGAGCCAAAGCACUACAACCUCCGGUGGACACAGAGGAGACGGAGGAGGAAGAUGAAGAUAAAGUCAGACUAGAUCCAUAUGACAGACACCUCCACUUUGAGGUGGGUCCUGAUUGGGCAUGUGGCCAGCCGCGGUUCUGGGCUAGAUUCCCCUUGCUGUGGUCCGGCUGCAGGCUCACCCACGGGGUGCUGCAGGGCAGAGUGAGCUUUGAGGUGAGGCUGGAGAGGAAGUUGCUGACUACACAGCUGCAGGAACAAGAAGACGUGGCUCCUUACGGCCUGAGAGUCGGCUGGUCUAUGACCAACACCUCUCUACUGCUGGGUGAAGAUAAAUUCUCUUUUGCUUACGAUGGGCGAGGUAAAAAAGUGUCAGGUGGGAAGGAGGAAGAGUUUGGAGAACCCUUCUCAGAGGGAGAUAUCAUUGGCUGUUAUGCUUCUUUCUCCACAGACGGUGCUGUUGAGCUCUCUUUCCAUAAGAACGGUCGUUUCAUGGGUGACGCCUUUUCCCUGGACGCUUCUGUGCUGCUGGGUCGUCCUCUUUUCCCUCACGUCCUCUGUAAGAACUGUUCAGUCAGAUUCCUCCUAGACCCCACAGCUUCUCCCUGGUACCCGGGUCCUCCAGGGUUCAUACCGCUGGCAGCUCUUUCUGCUGGGCAGAGGGUGCGCACCGCAUUGCCUCCUACCUUCAGAGAAAACUGUGAGAUGUUGUUGAUGGUUGGUCUUCCUGGUUCUGGGAAAAGCCACUGGGCAAGGACUCACAUGCAGCAGCAUCCGGAGAAACAGUACAAGCUGCUGGGCACCGAGGAGUUGCUCACAUGUAUGAUUAGUGGUGGACAGGGGGACCACAGGCUGCAGCAGGCCUCUCAGUGUCUAUCUGAUUUGAUUAAGAUGGCUGCUCAGACAGCUGGCAACUAUAUUCUUGAUCAGAGCAACAUCCUCUUCUCUGCCCGGCGGUACAAGCUACAGCUGUUCACAGGCUUCAGGCGGCGGGUGGUGACGGUCUUUCCCUCAGCAGACGAGUGGAAAAGACGACUGUGUCUGCACCAGACAAGCAACAGGGAGCAGAUCCCUGAAACCGCCCUGCUCAAACUCCAAGUGAGUUGCAGUCUUCCAGAGCAGCAGGGCGACCUGAUGGAGGAGCUGCAGUAUGUCGAGCUGCCUCAGGAACAGGCACAGGCACUCCUGCAGGAGUAUAAAGAUGAGGCCCGCAGACUGCUGCCCCCCAUCCCCAAACAGGAGAAGAAGAAACCCAGACUUCACAAGAAAAGACCCCACCCUCAAGGCCCUCCACCCGCGCAUAGGAUUCAGCGGACUGGACUUCAUGGAUGGAAUGACACAGGACUCAGCAUGCCGCCAUGGAGGCAGCAGCCAAGAUAUUGGAGUGUGCCUUAUGUGGACCAGGGCUGCUACUACAGAGAUGUUGGUUACAGCGGAUAUGAAGGGUACUGUUGAAGAAACCUGCAGCGAGAGGAAACUGAUGCAUUUGAGAUCUGUUUACAUGGACGAUCAUUCUACUGAUGUCAUUUAAU